AUGACCGAAAUUAAACUGGAUGACCGAGGACUGGUUCCGGCAAUCGCCCAGGACAUCAACACCGGGCGCGUAUUGAUGUUGGGCUACAUGAACCCCGGGUCGUUGAAACGUACGUUAGAGGGAACGCAGGUCUGGUUCUACAGUCGCAGUCAGGAAGACCUGUGGCACAAGGGGGAGGUUUCGGGCAACUAUCUGAACCUGCGCGAGUGGUACGUCGAUUGCGACUCGGAUACCAUCCUGCUGAAAGUCGACCCCGACGGUCCGGCGUGCCAUACCGGCGAGAUAUCGUGCUUUUACACCGAAAUGGACGGAUUGCCCGACGACUACGAAGCCUCCGACGGUGGCCCGCGGGUGCUGGAAGAACUGUUCGCGGUGAUCAAGGAUCGUCAGCGCGCGAUGCCGGAGGGCAGUUACACCGCCAAAUUACUGGCGGAAGGCACCAGCCGGGUCGCGCAGAAGGUCAUCGAGGAAGCGGGGGAGACGGCAUUGGCCGCAGCCACUAAUGACACUGAAAACCCUGCCCGGGGAAAUCGCGGACCUUUUGUAUCAUACCCUCACCUUGAUGGCUUCGGCCGGGGUGUCGCCCAACGCCGUUUGGGAGGAAUUGCGUUCCCGUCGGGGCUAGCCUCCAGCACCUGA